CUGUGGCGCGAAGUGCAGAUCGAGAACGGAAGUGUGAGUGUGUGUUCAGGUGGUUAGUUGUUGGUUGGGAAUACCGAUGGCCUGCGCUGUGUACGGCUGCUCAGAUCGAUCUAACGGAGGGAUAACGAGGAGCUUUUAUAGAGUACCUAAAGUUCACCUACAUAGAGGAGAAGAAAUUAAGAAACUGACCCAGAAACGGCGGCAGAAGUGGCUCAGUAAUCUCGUUCUGCGGCCUGGGCGCCUGGAGUCGGGCUCUGCUCGCGUGUGCAGUGAGCACUUUGUGAAAGGCUGCCCUAGUUCUUUAAGUGAUGUUAAGUCUGUAGACUGGGCUCCAACACUAAACCUCGGUUAUGAUGAAGGUGAGCCCGUCUCCAAGGCAUCGUGUCUACGAAAGGAGAGGGUGAAGUCCAGAGACAGUCAUGAAAGGUGCACUGAAGUUUCAGAGGUCCAGCUGGAUUGUCACAGUGAAAACCAAACCACGAUCACUGUGGUGUACCUUGAUAACGAGGUGGUGGACCCAGCUGCUAAUGAUGUUACUGAAUUUCCAGCAGAUGAUGACAAUGAUGACAGUGACUAUUAUGAUGAAGAUGAUGAUGAAGAAUACGAUAAUGAGGAGGAGGAAGAGGAAGAGGAGGAUGACUGUGAUUACACUGAGGAUGGCCCAUUCUGCAUAGAUGAUGAAGCUGAGCGGGAAUGGCUCGCCAGGCUUCAAAACAAUCUCAGCCAGUCCACAGAAAAGAAAAAUGUUUCUGCGCCACCAGGUUUCAAGUCUUACCGUGCAGAUUUAACAUUGGGAAGGCUGACCAAGCGCUUCAUGGACCUGCUUCACUCUGCACCAGAAGGUGUUCUAGACUUAAAUGAGGCAGCACAAAAAUUAGGCACGAGGAAAAGGCGGGUCUAUGACAUCACCAACGUGCUAGAUGGGAUUAAACUCAUCACGAAGAAGUCAAAAAAUAAGAUCCAGUGGGUGGGCCCAACGCCAAUUAGCUGUUUUAAAGGCCAGUGGAAGACCAAGGUGAAGGUUGACCUACUAAACUUGAAGACCAUGGAGGAGGCUCUGGACUGGCUCAUUAAAGACUGUGCUCAGCAGCUUUUUACUCUAACGGACAUCAAAAGCAAUUCUAAUUCAGCUUAUGUAACAUAUGAAGACAUCUGUCAGAUCAGUGUCUUUCAGGAUCAGACUGUGAUCGCCAUCAAGGCCCCUGAGGAGACCAAGCUGGAGGUCCCAACCCCCACUGAGGACUCUAUACAGAUCCACCUAAAGGGAUGCAGAGGACCCAUCCAUGUGCUGACGUGCGACAUGGGUGGACAGGGCAGCAAAGCAGGUCCAGUAACCACUGCUCCACAGCAGCUUACAAAAGACCACUUCUUAACACUGGAUGAGAGCAGAAUACAGACAACACCACUCUCCACAGGCUAAAAACAUGAUUCAACAGCAGUAUCGUCAAAUCCAUCGUUUUGUUGAACAGUUAAACACUCUGGAGGAAUUGCACAUCACUGAUGCAGCAAAAUGUUGUUCAUUCCUUACCAUAAACAUUGCUUGAAGAACUUCGGUUGUGAAAAGGAAAAGUAAUGGUGGGAGCACCAUGAUGAACUUUAUUUUUAUAUGCAUUACCUGAUCAUUCCAGUUUUUUCUUAACUAGGACACCGGUUUGUUCAUCGGUCUGUACUGUAAGGAAUGUGUUACUACAAAAAUCUCACUUUUCUGAGAAAAUAAUUGUACAAAAUAAUAUGAAAAUUAGUAAAGGUCUAUGUAAUAGUUCAUAAUUUCAUUUUAUGCAGAAAAAACAUUUACAGUCAGUGUGCUGAGAUUACAAUGGCUUGUUUAAACAUUUAUUAAAACACAUUUACUCAAUACUUAUUGUUGAGUCAGUAAUGGCAUCAAUAGGAAGUAUUAUUUGUUGGCAUUAAAAACUGAUACUGUUUGUAUUUGUAAAUAUUUUUCACAGUACUACUUGUUUUAAAGACACGUCCUGUUAUUUUUGUCACAAAUUAUGAUUUCCAAAAAUAAAAUAAAUCCACACUUGUUAAAAAUGAUGCAAAAACUU